CAUUUAUUUACACAGACACGUAUAUAGAGAUACAUAAAACGAAAAACUAGACCUGUAGAUCAGCAGCAGCAUCAGCGAAUGUCGGUCAGCAGGAAAUCCGCAAUUAGAAAUAUAUACAUAUAUAGUACGUGAGGUACACCAAAAUCAUUCGUCACAUGCUUCGCCGAACUGCAAAACAACCAUUAGACCACUAUUUAUCAAGUAAGUUAGAUACUAAGUUAGAAAACGACUCUAAAGUCGUUUUCUGUUUCCUUUUCUUUCGGCACCUAGACACACAAAUUGCUAAGUGUGUUUCCCAUGACCGAUCUAACUGUCGAUUUGACUGCGUUGACUUAAGUAACCCUCGAUAACGAUUUUUUAACUCUUAUGUUGACAGAAAAUAAAGGAAAACACAAAAGUAAUAAAAUGGUCGGAGCAGCAAGCCAAAAUCCGUUAUUCUGCUUAUUAAUUUUGCGUCGUGAUAUGGACGACUAACAGAGAAUGCUUUGUCUUAGUGAUAAUUUUUAUUAUAUGCUCACAAUUUAAUGCUGUCUCAUCUCCAGUAGUUAUUAAUAGCGUAUAGCUGCCGAAAACAAGAGAGAUUAAAUAAUUAAACUCGAUAAUAUAUCAUCGCGCUUACAAAAUUAGCGUAAGAAAAAGCACAAUUAUCAAUACGGUUUCAUCAGUCUGUUCUAAGCUAACGACGUUUUUAAAAGAAAACACAGCAGCCUUUAACUGUAUUUGGCGAUGCCGAAGUAAUACAUUUGGCUAUAAUGCAUGCAUCUAUGUUAUACAUGCUUGACCUAAAUGUCAUCGUGAAGCUGACGAAGUCGGAAAAACGACACAGGAAAAAACGAUAUACUAUAUCAUUUUUCCUCUGUGUCGUCUCGUAGCGUUGUCGAUGUUGCCGAAUUACAAAAACAAAAUAAAAACGGAAGCUGAACUAGCAUUACGUAGGGAUUUGCAGAGCUUGGAUAUGUAUCUCUAGCCUAUAGACAAUUAGCUAAGAGAAAAGAUUGAAGAGAUCGAGUGCUGACCUGACGUAUAAUGAUAUGAUGAUAAAGCUGCGCUACGAAUGAUUCCUAGUGUUACACCGAGAAGCUAUUAUGCAAUACACAUAUUCGAUUGUAAGCAAACAGAUAUAAUUUAUGAGUUUUUUAAUUUAUAAUAUUUUUUUUAAUAUUAUACAAACGUACACGGCUACAUACGAUUACGAAACUUAGAUUAGGAGGAUUGGACGAAUAUGUUGCAUUAGAACGACAUAAUUAUUGAAAACAACGACGCCUUUUUAUCCUAGUUAUUUAACGACACGUACCUUAUUAUUUUUGGUGAUUCAUUGAAGUAUAGUGAGCCGAAAAUAGGGUGAUAGUACUCGAGUUAUCAAACUGAAAGUAUAGAAUAAUGUGAGAUAAGAAAGGUGUGUCGAUGACGCAUAGUUCACAGUAAAAGCUCGGGCAAUGCAGUGACAAGGGACCUAUGAUGAGAUUGCAACGUUAAUGCCACACGGAGCCACCUGCUUUGUAAGCAUUAGGCAUAAUAUUGGCUCGGUGAAAAAAUAGUAACUGGAUUGUUUAUAUAGAUACGUUUGGAUCGACUAUGGCAUCGACUGUUUAGUAAUGGUAUAGAUGGAACGAGAUCAGCACAAAACAUGUUUGAGUGAAUCACAUUGGCUCAAACUGCGACAACUUUCACGGUAAAGACAGGUAACGACAGCGGCGCCUGCAGCGGCAAGGAACUAUAUUAUUACAAUAAACAUAGCACGUCGUGCCUGCGAAAAACCGACAAGCAAUUGAUUAGGUAUCUAAACUAAAAUUAACCGAAAAUAAUUUGCCGCAGAACAGUGACCAAAAACAACUUUAUAGAACAACAUUGUUGUUCAAUAACAAAAACAUGAUGAGUUAACUAAUUAUGUGAUAUGCUGAAUCGUAGGAAAACUAUUUAUGCAAAGUCUUUGAAAAAAGGCUUUCCUUAUUUUUGAUGGCCUUUGCUUCGAUCCUUCUGAGUACUCGUUCUAAUAUUUGCGUUUUUAUAGAAAAUCUAUUAGCCUCUUCUCGAAGUAAUAAUAAUAAUAAUAAGAAAUAAUGUUUCCUUUGUAGUAUUGCCACAGAUUAGUUCUAUGGUAGCUCUGUAGAAUUAAAAAGGGUUUACUUUUGCUAAUCACGCCUCUUUUCACUAUAACAUCGAAUAAAAGUAGCUAGAAGAAUCGCAUGCAAUUCUUGAAUUUAUUUAAGGACUUGAGCUUAUUACAAAAAAUGUGAAUUUAAUAAUAAUAGCAACAACAACAACAACAAUAAAUUUUUUAUCCGCGUAAGACUACAUCGAUAAACACAAGCCCCACAAAAUUCGAGUGGUAAAUCGAGGCUGCCGGUUCCACAUAUGUAUUCCGGUGAAGAAAGGCGUGAAAAACUUUAUUAGGCGGCUUUAUUUGAAUAUAAUAUAAAAUCAUCGGAAAAAUUAUUUAGGAGAAUAAACGAAAGAUAAUGCUCUAAUUUCUUACAACACAUAUAAAUACAAUACCUUAAGUAUUCGUUUGAAAAAAGUCUAUGUCAUAAGCUAUCUUUUAUGGCAAAGCAUUGAACUUACAUUUAAUGCUAUGUUGAAUUACGCCGUCUUAAGCCUUAUAAAAAAAGUUUUUAUUAUGUUCGAAACAAAAGAAAAAGUGGCUCGUUUCUCUCUCACGGAGUAGCUAUAACGUACACCAUUCUAUUUCAGUUUAUCAAUGCAACUUUCAAUUCGAAAUGAAGCUUGAACUAUCAGCGAAGGUCCUAACUUCGGGCUAAACAAAUUUAUCUAUUGCAACGAUAUAGUUGUCGGGAUAUGUUUUAUGCAGUCACUGUAUACGAAUUAAGAAUGACAUUUUCGUUCGUGAGAAUGACAAAGCAUUCGCCAUGCGCCAAAAUAUUCGCUUUUUCCCGCGCAUUUUCCAAAGCUUGCGGUCAUGAACGAAUCAGCUGAAUUGUCGCGGGAAAAAUCUACCCGCUUUUGCUUUCAGAACCAAAUCUACGCCGUUACCUAUGAUGGUGAUUCAAGGUAACUGCGGCCUUUGGUAAUGGCUCUCCAAUCAAGUAACGGCUGGCCCGGGCUCAGCCUUGGUUUCCAUUCUCAGUAGCAGCAGCAGCAGCAGCAGCAGUUGCCGUGCAGUGGAAUAACCCGCCAAAACAUGCAUCCAUUCGGAGAGCCGUUCUUUCCCAUGUCUGUAUCGUCAAAAAACACAAUAACAACAACAGUUCGAAUGACGACGCUGAUGCUGCUGCCGCAUCUGGUGCUGUUGCUGCCGAAACAGCGGCUGCUCCAUUGCUGUUGAAGGUGUUAUUUGUGAUUGUAAAGGCAGGCCGCCGCUGCAGUAGCGGCAGCAGCAGUGACCGUGGGGAUUGCCGUCCAUCGACCCACCGACCACUGUGUCGGCCCACUGUGCUGUCCUGCCCCGCUGUACUGGUGACCACUGAACUGAACUGCGUUGUUUAGAAUCGCCCUCCCUAGACCCCUGUUCGGUGUUCCCGGUUAGUUCCUGGACGCUUGAGGCCGUUUUUUGUAGGGCUCCACACUGUGUGCAGUUGUUGACUGGCGUCCGGGCUGCUGAAACAACUGUAUAACCAUCUCAGCCUUAUGAGGCCGUUUAGCUUGAGCUGAACAGAUUAUUUGCAGAGGAAUCGUCGUCGUCGUCGUCGUCGUCGUCGUCGUCAUCGUCGUAGUAUUACAGUAGCAGCUGCAGCAGCAGCUGUAGCACUACGAGUACUGCUACUGCUGGUGGUUCUGCUGUGACGACUGCUACGGCAGCCGCUGCACCUAACACUGUCUCCCCUCGUCAGUGAGUAACAGGUAACAACAGCAGGCCUGGGGCCAACGGCCCCGCCGCCGCCGUACUCGCUGCCAGUGGGGACGUAGACGAAUCGACCGAACGGGCAGUGGUCGCUGGCGAGCACAACAACAUAACAUUGGCCUGUGACUAUUAGCCAUCGCACAGGCGCAGCACUGAAUAACGCUAUAACCGACGAGUGUCGACUCUCUACGUCCGUGCCACUAGUAACAGUAGUACUAUUACUGCUAUAUGUAUGUAUGUUUAUUUGUGAACCGAAUUUCGCCACCAUUUUGCUCGUGAACGACAACAAAAAGAAAUGAAGGCCAACCAGUAGUCGAAAUAAUAACACCAACGGAUCGUGCUGUGUGCCGUCGUCGCCCCGAGUGCAACAGCCAAUGCUGGUGCUCUGUUGAUAAUAGUAGUGGAUACGGUCGUGGUCAUGUCACCGCAGUGGUAGUGAGUGUCGUGCAUUGAAGACUAACGGGUCCUGCACGCACGGCUGUCGUGCCGAUCCCGCCUUGCCUAGACAAAGUCGCAUUUGUGCGAUUCUGAACACGUCGAACAACGCCAUUGUGUUCCUGCUGCUUUGUACCGCUUCCGAGCCGCAGUUUUCAACUGGCGCUAUGAAGGAUUGCCGAAGGUGCCAAAGAAUCCGUGGUAGUGCAGACGGCUGCCUAUUAAUAUCAUCAUAAACCGGUCGUAGACCAUGAUCGUCGUAUGCCCCGAGUGACGCAGAAACUGACCCCCGCGAUAGUAUAAGAGUAUGGGGGGCUCUGACCUGUACUCGCUAGUGGAGUCCGCCAUCCGGAAGAUAAAGGGCCACAAACAGCGACCCUCCGAAGAGCGUAUACAGCAUAUUAUAGAGACAUUUCACGGGGUGCCUCCCCACCAAAUCACCCUUUAUCUGGAGCAGGCAUCCAAUGAAGGAAAGAUAACGCGGGUAGAGGGGCCGGGCGGGCGGUGCUAUCGCCUGAAUGAAAGCGCCGGAAGCCCGAUUCCCCGACGGAAAAGCACGUCCUCUUCAAAAAGUGGCUCGCAUCGUCCUCACAAGGGCAGCGCCUCACCCAGCCAGACGGAAGAAGAUGCAGCUGCCGCUAUACACCGCGGCACAAACCUACUCAACGUUAUGGAGCAGGUCCUCUUGUCUCUUGGUGAGCCAGCGUCAUUAGUGAGUCUACAAAAGUUCAUCAAGCGCCAGUAUACGCUUCUUGACAUGAGCCCCUCCCAACUCCUGAACCGAUUACGACUUGCGGCAAAGAAAGGGACACUGAAAAAGCGCCUUGUCAGAUACAACAAUCAGACGUACGGCCUUCCAACAAUCCAUCAGGAAUCGCAGAACCCGAGCUCACCUCUAAAAGCUAUCUCGCCGUUUGGCUCACCUCUAUCCCAGCAGCUAAAAUCGCCGCAACAAAGGCUAACCUCUUCAUUAACGGAUUGUGGGGAACUGGAGUGUGCAACCUGCGGUGAGCACGACCAGAGAUCGCGUAUGUGCGUCUGCUCUCAGUGUGGCUUUGCAGGACACGCUGCUUGCUUUAAACUCGGUGAGAUUGCCCAGCAAUGUGUAACAGGUCGUCGAUGGGAAUGUUCUCAAUGUAAGCGUUGCCUGGUGUGCCAGAACCCGGGAUCCGCCGCGGUGAAGGCGUCCGAGCUUCUCUAUUGUGACUGCUGUGAUUCGCUUUGUCAUCUUCGUUGUGUAGGACAACAGGGCGGACGUCUAACGACCAACCAACGUAGUCCCUCAAAAAAACAAACGAACGCCAAAGCUACUUUCAGAUGUAAAAAGUGUGUGGCAUCGAGUGCAAAGCAUAAGGCGCGUACGCUUGUUAACUCGUUGGCCAUGAAAAUCAAACAUAAAAACGCACGUAAACAGCUCGGGGGUGCUUCCGCGUCGCGAAAAGUCAAAAAUGUGGACACCAAACAACGACUCCACAAGGUUGCUGUGAAGGCUACCGGCAAGCUGAAGGUUCGACCGAAAGUAUCCGGUGAUCAGGGAGGAACUGUGAAUCGCCGCAAGAACGCCGUAUCGAUUUCAUCGGAGUGUGGAUCAACUGCUUCGACGGACCACUCGCUGACGUCAGAAGAUAGCGUCGAGCAGCUUAUGCAGGAUCAACCGGUUGUAUUGCCCCCGGGCUGUCAGCCUCAAGAUAUCGAGCUUUUUCGCCAAGCGCAAGAACUCGCUCAAGAGAAGAUUGGCGUGGAUCUCCUUGACCCCUCCCAACGCUGUCCUGGUUCGAUCCAGUUUGGCCGCUAUUGUAUAGACACCUGGUAUUCGUCACCCUACCCUCAGGAGUAUGCACGACUUCCUAAGCUUUUCCUCUGCGAAUUUUGUCUUAAGUAUUGCAAAAGCGGAGAAACACUUAGACGGCAUCUGCGCAAAUGUCCUUUGCGACAUCCGCCAGGUACCGAAAUUUAUCGACACGAGGAAAUUUCCGUCUUCGAGGUGGACGGCCACGCCAACAAGAUCUACUGCCAGCAGUUGUGUCUGUUGGCGAAGCUGUUCCUAGAUCAUAAGACGCUUUAUUACGAUGUGGAACCGUUCUUGUUCUACGUGCUAACAGCGUGGGACAAAAAAGGCGCCCAUCUCGUUGGUUACUUUUCAAAGGAAAAACAUUGCGCGCAAAGAUACAACGUGUCAUGUAUCAUGACGAUGCCUCAGUAUCAGCGAAAAGGAUAUGGAAGGUUCCUCAUUGACUUUAGCUACCUGCUAAGUCGUACAGAAGGUUUGGCGGGUACGCCGGAGAAGCCCCUGUCAGAUCUGGGCCGGGUGUCUUACCAGGCGUACUGGAAGAGUACGCUACUUGAGUAUCUGCAUCAGGAGAUUUUCAUUCAGAAAAACCGUUCUAUCACCAUUGCAAAGAUUUCCCAAGACACAGGUCUGAACGUGCACGACAUCGCAGCCACACUUGUCCUUCUCGGCAUGAUCCGCGAAGAUCGAACUUCGUGGGAAAGGAGAAAAUUCUACCUUGAUAUUAAUUCAGAUGUGAUCCUUAACUACAUGCAAAAGCUUGAAGCAAAAAAGCAAUUCCGCCUUCCGCUUCACCCCGAAUGCUUGCAAUGGGCUCCAUCGCCUUUGGCACAACAGUAUCUCGAUAAUUCACGAGACGAAUCGGUCGAUGAUGACCCUUCCAAUACAAGUAGUAGUCCCGAUGUGAAAAGCGCAUCAAGAAGCAGCGGUACUGGGCGUCAGUCCCGGCGGAGCGGUGAUGGUGGUGCUAGAAAAAAUAGCGACAUAAAAGUAGAAGACCCGCUCAGCUGCGAGGAAACGGACGUGGUCCCUCAAGAGGAUGAUGAGACAACCGAUCAAGCUGACCGUGCGACGAGAGAUUCGUCUCCUUCAGUCACAAAACCUCAACGCAAGAAGGAACGAUCCAGGAAGUCACGUACGACUCCUCGACGAGAUCGUAGGUUCCAAGACAACGUCUCGCAACAGCGUGACGUGAAAGACGAGCCUACGUAUCUUGAAGUCGACUCAGACCGAGGCGGAAUGGAUGGCGACGUAUCUUCGGCACAUUUGUCCCAUAAGGGAUUGUUUCAACCAAAACAGCAACAGCUUGCGCCUAAACCUCGAGGUCGACCUCACCGAUCAGGGCUGUCUGCAACCGGCAGUAGUUCGGCCGGUUCCCGCAAACGGCGCCCACAAAUGCGCGAGCAGGAGCCGCCCGUUCUCGCGGCCGAAGACGCCACGACCAGCGAGGAAGACUCGGGCAGCCGUCAUCAUUAUGAUCGGCUAGCGACGCCAAGAUGGGAGGAGGGGUCCGCACCGACCAGGGGGAAACAUCUACGAAAAAACAAUUCUCUCACAGUCCUAUCAGGACGACACACACACCAGGCGCACAAUGAUGAAAGAGAUCAACACAUGAGUGGGGAUUCGGCUGAGGAUUCGAUGGGUAUUGGAUAUGAUGGAGUCGGCGAGGAGGACACUGUUCAAGAGGUCCCCGGAAGUCCUGAAAUCCUCACGGAGGAUAAAGUAGAAGUGAAACAGGAGACUGAACGCACGGCUGGUCGAAGCAAGAAGCGACGUAUUAACGAUGGAUCCGCAUCACCUCCGGACAGGCCUAGAAAGCGACCUUGCAAAAACAAUACCGGACGAUCGCAGCUGAAUAAUACAGUCUUGGAAACACCAAUCGAAAGUUCGCUAGCGACUUCUACCGGAGGCAAAGUAGUUGAUUGUUCUGUUGAAAUGGAAACGGAGCCAGAAUCAGAAGUUAUGACAGCAGCAGGUGGUGAUAUCGACGGCGGGCGAGAAGAUGGAAGCACUGAAGUCAGUCGUAAGCCAACGGUCAUCCGACGACCGCCAAGCUCUGCUAAUACGAAUAAGACAAAAAAGAAGAUUCACGUUAUGAUGCGCACGGCGAAAAGAAGACGGAGGAGACCUCUGGCGGCCGCCAUGCAGGCGGCACAACGCGCCCCCACGACGCAAAGUUCAUCCACUCCGGUGACCGCUGUAGCCGAGGGUGUUCAAGGUCCGGUGCGCACCGGGGGCGCCCCAGGCCGCCUGCAAGAUGACACUGUAACUGUAGCAUCGUCAACAAUAACAUCAGCAGCUGUUGCAGCAACAACCGCAACAACUCCGGUGGCAGCAGCAACAACAACAAUGAUGUUAUCCGGGGUACGAAGAAGAAGACAGGACUGCGGAGGAGCCGAAGAAAAAUCGGAGCUGCCUGCUACAACAACGACGAUAACAACGGCAACAACGACAGGAGCCAUCACUCCAAGCAGAUCAACAAAUGGUAAAGCCGCAGACAGUGGCGGCACGGCCAGACAGACCUUGAUAUCCUCUUUCGUCGUGCCCUCGCCCAAGGGACUCCAGAAGGACAACUGCGACAAUCCUAAAGAUCAGCGCGGCCAUGAUCAACAACAGCAGCAACAGCUCGAAGCCGUGUGGGUGGGAAAAACAACUCCAUUGACGUCUACACCGCUUCGACCCCGCGAAUCACCGAAAAUUCCGAAAGCUGCCGAAGGAAGUGAAAGCUGGAAGGCAGCAUCAGAGGACACCGAAACACUCACCGACGGAAGUAGUACCACGAUCAGCGUUGCGCUGCAGCAAACGUCGCUGUCGACAGGCCGGCCUAGCGAACAGGGCACAGAUGAACCUAGUUCACCUGGUUUGGUCGGGGAUUUGUCUAGUGUACAGCCGGAAAGAAGACCCUCGGGCGAAAAACCUGUAUGUUUACCACCGAAAAAGAGUCGUAGGAGAAUGCUUGAAGAAACACAAAGGAAGAAGAGCACAGAUGGCGUUCCACCUGUGAAUAAAGACAUUUUGGAACAGCCCCGUUCGCGAGCUGCCAGCAUCGGCCGACGGACGCGGCAGUCACUAGAACUGCCCCCUGAAGUCUCUAUAGAAACAGCUGAUGGCGAACUUAGUCAAUCAUCGGCAAUGGCGGCGACAGUGGCGAAAAACGAUGAUGACCCUCGAAGAGCUCAACCGGUCGAAAAUCGGCCUACAGCCAGUGAAGAAUUACCAUCAGCGGCGACGUUAUUGCAGAUAACGAUUUGUGAAAAGCAAGCACUUACACAGUAUAACGCCGCCAGUCAUAGUCCUGGUACGGGUUUUCGUCCAGCUGGGGAGGGGAUCUCGGCUUCGUUAAACGAACAGCAGGGUAUCAGUGAGCCUAGAAGCAAAAAUGGAACUAGCAAAAGCAAAGCUGGCGUAGUGUCAAUGCUCGCCGUUAAAACGGAAAACGACAAUUCCGAACAAAAACCGAAACAACAACAGCAACAACAGCGGCAACAACAACAACAACAACAGGAA